AUGCGGGCUUUCUGUGACACCGAAAGUUUUGGUACAGAGCAUCAAGUAGAUUGUAUGUCCCCGGAGAACCGACGAGCCCUUUCCCUGCUUGACUCCCAAACCAAGAAGUUGACCAUAGGAUAUGAAGUGCCGAUCCUAUGGCGAGAGGGAGAGCCGUCAUUACCGAACAACUGGGUACUAGCAGAAAGUCGGAACAGGAGUCUCCGUAACCGAUUCCAGCGGGAUCCAGGAUACGAACGAGAAUACCGUGCCGCGAUGAAAACUAACUUCAACGAUGGUUAUGCGAAACGACUAAGUGCCGAAGAGCAACCAGGUGCUGGACCCGUUUAUUAUCUUAGUCACUUUGGAGUCCAAAAAUCACCAGGAUCGAAGAUUCGUGUGGUCUUCGAUGCAGCUGCUAAAUUCCGUGGGCGCUGCCUCAACGACAGCAUUUGUAGUGGCCCGGCCUUGCAGAACCCGCUACCUGCUGUCAUUAUCAAAUUCCGCGAAGGGAAAAUUGCAUGGGCUGCAGAUAUUAAGGCAAUGUUCAGUCGUAUACGUCUACAGCCCGAAGAUCGACGCUUUCAUCGAUUCAUCUGGCCUGAAGAAGACGGAACCGAUAGUGUCUGCGAGAUGACUCGGCUUACGUUCGGGGUAAAUUGUUCGCCAUUUAUCGCCAUUCGCACAACAUGGCGGGCCGCGGAUGAUGCAGGGCCUACAAUGAAGGAAGCUGCGGCUGCCGUGCGAGCAAAUCUCUACGUAGAUGAUUAUUUAGGAUCCUCCAAAGACGUGGAAUCUGGGAUCCGGAUUGCAACGGCUGUCAGGGAAGUCCUUGCUGGUGGGGACUUCCACCUACAGGGAUGGACCUCCAACUCAGCAGAUCUUCGUUCCAGCCUUCAGGCAGUGAGUUCCGGUAUUGAAGAGUCUACGCAUAGCUUUGGUGCGGAUGAAACAGAAAUGGUUCUUGGAGUCAUCUGGAAACCUCAUCAGGACACUCUCGGUUUCAAAAUAAGUGGCCUGGACAAUGUUGUGUAUACUCGUGUUGGACUGAUUAGUAAAGUGGCAAGCAUUUUUGAUCCUCAAGGAGCGGCUUCUCCAAUCACCAUGAAGGGGAAAGCCAGGUUACGCGAGUUGGGCGUGAAAGGGUUCGAUUGGAACACAGAGGUUGCAGGUGAAGAACGUCAUUGGUGGCAGCAGUGGUUUUCGACCCUGCAACAAUUGCAAGAGAUAGAGUUCCCACGUUGCAUCUUUCCGGAUGAAGAACGCGUCACUCGAGUGGAGCUGCACACCUUCUGUGACGCCUCGGAAGAGGCGUAUGCCGCGGUCACUUACAUACGCAACGUUUAUGAAGAUGGGAGUAUCAUCGUCCGGCAAGUAAAAGCCUCCAAUAAGCUUGCACCAACCAAGACGCUAUCUAUUCCUAAGCUGGAGCUUAACGCAGCUCUUCUUGGUGCUCGGUCAGCUGACUUUGUCAAAAGGGCUUUAACGCGGGUCAUCAACAGUCGCUACUUUUGGACUGACAGCAGUACCGUCAGGAAUUGGGUACGUGCUACUGCUUCGUUUUAUCAAGUUUUCGUCAGUCAUCGGGUGGGGGAGAUCCAAUCGCUUACCGAACCACAAGAAUGGCGAUUCGUGCCCGGUAAAAUCAAUCCGGCGGAUGCGGCGACCAGGUCGCAGCUAGAGAGUGAAGCCAUUCCUAUCAGCUGGUUAGACGGGCCUGAGUUUCUCUAUCAGGCGGAAAGGUGCUGGCCUAAAGAUUUGCCCUGGAUGGUAGUCACGGAAGAAAUUCGCCCAUCAAAAAUACACUCAAUGACCGCGCGGCCUAACUUCGACUGGGAGUCGUUAGAGCUUUCCCCAGACAACAUACCGGCGCUGCUGAGGUUGGAGAAUGAAUACUUGGAGCUGAUUCAGCAGUGUCAGCAGGAAGCUUAUGCCGAAGAAUUGGGGCUACUCAAGAAUGGGAACGAUGUCCGAUCAUCUUCAAGUCUUCGUUCGCUUACGCCAAUUCUCGAUAAAGACGGUCUUUUGCGCCUGGGCGGACGAAUUGGUAAAGUAAAGUUGCCGUAUGAUAAUGUUCACCCUAUAUUACUGCCAGGGAGACACACUUUCGCCAGGAAGAUCAUAGUAGCCUUUCACGAGUAUUUGAAACAUGCUGGCACCGAUUUCUUGUUGACCCAGAUACGCCAACAUUUAUGGAUAACCGAAGGAAGAGAGGCUGUCAAGAGGGUGAAGCGAGACUGCUUGCGCUGUAGACGGUACAACGCAAGGCCAGCAUCGCAGCUCAUGGGCGAGUUACCAGUUUACCGCUUGGAAAUUGGAGCGCCUCCCUUUACCCGAUCGGCCUGCGACUAUUUUGGGCCACUUGAGAUAAUCUAUGCCCGAAAUCGUGUUGCCAAAAGAUGGGGCGCUCUGUUCACAUGUCUUGUCACCAGGGCCGUAUAUUUGGAUUUGGCUGCCUCUUUGUCGUCCGGAGAUUUCUUAUUUAUAUUACGUCGCUUCAUCGGACUAUACGGGAAACCACGCAGCUUACACUCAGACAAUGGAACAAAUUUUGUUGGAGCCGAACGCUUGCUGCGAGAGGAAGUAGAUGCUCUUCAUGCGACUGGGGAGGCGCACCAGUUUAUGAAGAAAGAAGGGAUCGAUUGGCAUUUCCAACCAGCUUGUACACCACACUUCGGUGGGGCGCAUGAGGCACUUGUUCGAUCUGUCAAGAAGGCUCUGUAUGCGGCGUUGGAGAUAGAAAAAGGUGUUUUACGUCACCCGACGGAAGACAUGCUGAGAACUUUGCUUUUCGAAGUAGCGGGUUUGUUGAAUUCUAGGCCAUUGACAUACGAGAGUUCCGAUCCAGACGAUCUCCGUCCGUUGACUCCAAAUGACUUCCUCAACCGGCCGCCUGCAGCUAAUCUUCCAGUCGGAGAGUUUCAAGAUGCCCUACCCCGAGAGAACUACCGCUACGUCCAGAGGAUGACCAAUCUCUUUUGGGACCUCUGGAAAGGGACCUAUCUACAAUCUCUGGCUGGUCGAAAGAAGUGGCAGGCCCGUCGUCGGAAUUUUGAAGUUGGUGAUUUCGUUCUGGAGAUCGAUAAACAGCUCAAACGUGCUCAAUGGUCCACGGGACGCAUCGUCAAAACCUAUCCUGGCGCAGACGGACUAGUCAGAGCAGUAGACGUUAAAAUCGGCAACGGAAUCUUCCGGUGA